AUGCCCAGCAAGUUCCAAGCAGAGCUCGACGUAGCCUGCGCGGCGGUGCAACAUUGUGCCGUCCUCACAAAACGCCUCCAGCGGGAAACAGUCCGCCAAGAUGACCAGGUCAAGAAGAGCGACUUCUCCCCGGUCACAGUUGGUGACUUUGCUGCGCAAGCAUUGUUGACAUCAGCAACGCAUGGUGCUUUCAAGGAUGACAAAUUCCUCGCAGAAGAGUCGGCCGAUGAGCUGCGGCAGAAUGACGCCCUGCUUGAGAGUGUGUGGCAGCUUACGCAGGAGUUGCAACCGGCGUUUGAGAAGAGCAGUCCUGCUCUGGUUACUCCCGCCAGUAAACAGGAGGUUUACGAUCUCAUUGAUCUGGGCGGGAAGAAUGAAGUCAGCAACGAUGGGAGAAUGUGGGUUUUCGACCCAAUCGACGGCACAGCGACUUUCCUACGGGGCCAGCAGUUUGCCAUCAACUGUGCUUUCCUGAUCGAUGGUGUUGAGCAGAUUGGAAUCAUCGGCUGUCCGAAUGUCAUCUUAGACUCCGACUCUGUCCACGAAGAUCAAGUGGACAAAGAUCUAGGCUGCAUGAUCUUCGCGAUUCGUGGCGAGGGAACGUGGGUGCGACCUAUGCGAAGCGAUGGUGUUCUUGCCGAAGCAAAGAAGAUUGAUCGUCAUGGAGAGAAAGUCAAGAUUGAUGAUCUGAUCUGGUCAGAUUGCUCCACGUACACCAGCACCAUCCAGCACCUGCACCAGCAAGUGGCCAGCAAGUUGUACACACCAUUCCCGGGCGUCGACUUGUUCAGCUCAUUGAUGAAGUACGCUGCACUGGGCCUGGGUCGAUGUCAUAUUGUCAUGCGAAUCUUCAAAUACUCCAGCUGGCGGAGCAAUAUGUGGGACCAUGCAGGCGGCGUGUUGAUUUUCGAGGAAGCCGGUGGCAAAGUGACCGACCUAAACGGCAAGUCAAUAGACUUCACGCAAGGUCGAAAGAUGGCGGCGAAUUAUGGUCUUGUGUGUGCUCCGUCGAGCGUUCACGCAGAGGUCCUGAAGACCAUCCAGGAGACGCUUAAGGCUUACGAAGAUACCAAUGGUCCCAUACCAUACAGCAAGUAG